AACUCACUCUAAAGAAUGUUGUUAACUCGUGUCGGAUUAGGAUUAGGAUUAAAGAGAUCCACUCAAGUUUUGAGAUACUCCCCAGCAUUUGCCAGAUAUGUGUCAACUAUCAAAGCCAGCCACGACGAAGAGCAAGCAAUUUUGGUCCAACAAAGAAAAAACAGACCAGGAUCCCCACACUUGGAGAUUUACCAACCUCAGCUCACAUGGGUGUUGUCAUCAUUCCACAGAAUUACCGGUGUGUUGAUGGCAUUCGGGUUCUACGGAUUGACGUGUGGCUAUGCUGCCUCCAGUGUCUUGGGAUAUCCGCUUGACGUGAACAGUUUGAUUGCUGCUUUUGGCAGUUUACCAUUAGUGGUGAAGAUUGGUGCCAAAGCAGGAAUGGCAUUCCCAUUUGUGUUCCACUCUUUCAACGGGUUGAGACACUUGUUGUGGGACAGUGGAAGAGAGUUGACUGUCAAGGGGGUGUAUAGGACCGGGUACGUUGUGUUGGCGUUGACCGGGGUGUUGGGAACAUACUUUACUUUUAUGUAGGCAUAUAUGAAAUACACUAUUUAUUCGAUUGAAGAGGAAUAUUUAGAUAGUCGUUCAUGGUUAUUUAUACACCAUUCAUCAUUAUUGUCUACCUCAUCAUUAUCGUCUAUUCUUAUACACCUCAUUCAUUAUCGUCUAUACACCACUCAUCAUUCUCGUUUAUAAACUACUCAUCAUUCUCUUUAUAUACCACUUAUCAUUAUCGUCUAUACACCUCAUCAUUA